AUGCAGGUUGAUCAGCGAGAGGCGCUAGAGGACCCCCGCCCUUUGGUGGGGAUCAUGGCCCAUGCCUACGCCAACCCCCUCAUCAACAAGAGGGCUCCCGGCGCAGGCAGCGGCACCGCCGCGGGGAACACCAACACCGACGCCGCCGGGGGAGGAGGCGACGCGGAAGAACUAGACGCGUCGACAGCGGCGGCGGCGGCGGCGGCCAACGAGCUCGUGAUCGACGCCCUCCUUGCGGCGGAGGCGGAGACCAUCGGCCCCGAGGUACGGUUCCUCGGCCUGCCUCGAGGCACUGCUGCCGCUUUCCCGGCGAAGAAGCCGAGCGGCGGCGCCUGGCGCGGGGUCGACGGGCUCAGGGUGGUGGACAGCGCCCUCCCGAAGGGGCUGGUGAAGCGGGGCUGGUUGCACAAGCACACGCGAGAGCUCCCGGGCUCGCUGGUGUACCUUGCCUCGGUGGACGUCUCGGCGGGAGCGGAGGAUUGGGCGGCCACCGAGGAUGAGAUCGUCGGAGAUCUGAGGAGCGUCGUGGCUAACAUGGCGGCGCGGGAUGUCAAGGUAUUGUUGGUACUCGUACGGGCCGGCGCGGAGGCCGGGCAGGGCGGGGGCAGGGAGGAGCGGGACGUGGCCGACGAGCGCGCGCUGGGCCUCCGCAGGCGGGCGGAGAUCGACGCCAGGAUGGUGCUCAUGAUCGGCGAGCCCGACCUGGCUUCCCACAGCAAUCCCCCCUCGGUGCGGCGCAUCGCGAAGGCGGCCAAGGACUUGGCCGUCGCCCACUACGCCUCGCACAUCUCGCGCCUUCGAAGAUGGGAAAAGGUGCUGGUGCCUACGCAGCGACUAUACCGCCCGCUCCUGACGAGGCUGUACUUUAAGCUCGGAGUUCUUCACGAGAUGCAGGGCCUCGUGGAUAGGAGCUUGCUGUGCUACCAAGAGGUGUCGGCUCUUCUGAGCGACAUGGUGCCGCGGGACGGGGGACGGUUUCAGGGUGGAAGGGGCGACGCAGAUAGAGGAACGCUGGGGGGGGCAUUCCUUCGUGGGGGAGCGGACCCGAUGGAGCAGAUCCGAGGCGUGGCGGAAGUGGUCCACCUCCGGCUGGUGCGGAACCACCUGCACCGCAACAUGAGCGUCGAGGGGGCCAUCCGACAGCUCCGGCGGCACGUGUCCGCAUUCGGCAGACCCGGUGAUGCUGCGGCCGCCGCCACCGCUUCUUCCCGUGCCGGAAAAGGAGAAGGAGGGGGGGGGGGGGAGGGUUCAGGAUGGAGGGUGGUGCCUUACCGUCACCACGCGUGGCUGUCGCGGCAGUACCUUGUGUUUGGAGAGAUGCUGGGUGCUCACAUGAGCCAGAUCGCGCAGUCGACCGCGCGCGGGGGUGGGUGGGCGGGAGGCGGCGCGCUCGGAUACACGUCCCCGGGGCACUACUACCUCGGCGCCGCCCUGCAGGCCGUUCGGCGAAGGAAGACAGCCGACAGGCUUCUGAGAGGGAUCGACAAAGAUAAUCUCCUGGCUUCUCUGGAGGGCCUUGAAGUGCGGGAGCCCUUGUACCUCGGGGAGAGCGUGCGGCUCGUCGACCCUACGAACGCCGAGCGAAACCUUCGACAGGAGUGCCGAGGGUUCCUGGACCUGGAGGAGACCAAGACCGACAGGGUGGGGAUGGCUCGUUCCCUGCUGGUGAAGGCUUUGGAGCACUGCCCGUCGGGAGAGGAAGGCUUCCGACGGCGGCGGGUGCUUAUCCUAGGGCACCUCGGGGAGGAGAGCUUCGUCGCGGGAAGAUACGACGACGCAUUGGAACGCCUGCCACCUGUGUGGAAAACCUACCUGGCCGAUGGCUGGCUUAAGCUGGCGACGGUCGCUCUCCGUAGGGUGUACGUUUGCGCUUGGCGGUCUGGAAAGGCAAGAACCGUGGCGGACGUGGCGCUGCGGCUCUCCAGCAACGCGCUACGACCCUGGGUGCCCCUCGAGGAGUCGAAACGCCUCCUGGCCGAAGCGCUCCCGCUCGUUGGGGCGUUGGAGGCUCCGUCGGAGGCGGUGCAAUCAGACCGGGGAUUCGUCGCAAGCGUCCCCCCCGAGGGGCCGGCGUCUGAGAGGCUCGAGGUUACCGUAGACGACUCGCUGCUCCUGCUGAGACUGUCGGGAAGGUUUUCCGCUGCGGAGGCGUCGGCGGGUGACGGGCUGGCUCUCAGGGUGGCUCUGAUGUCCCUCUUGCCGCUGGACACGCGUCUGGAGGCUAUUGAGCUCGCCUUCAACCACUCCGCGCUCAACUGCACCAUCCGAGACACACAAAGCACCGGCCCCGCUGGAGCAACACCGGCAGCAGGAAACAGCGACCCGCCGUCGUCUUCCUCCUGCCCAGACCAGCAGCAGCCCUCGGCGGACUUGACGCUGCGGGCGGGGGGCCUUCUGACGGCCAACGUCGGGCUCUGCUUACCCUGGUCGGGCUUGCCGUCCAGCGAGCCGCUGAGGCUGGUCGAGGCCCGGGUGCCGCUCACGAAUCGCGGUGGUGGUGAUGUGGCCGCCGCCCCCGCCGCCGCUGCCUCGGGGGUGACUCUGUUGGUACCUUCCGGACCGGGUUCCGACAUCGCGCGCGAGGGGGGCGAAGGCGGGGCCUGGGCGAGGGCGCCUGGGUUCGAGGCGGUGCGGCUGGUGCCUCCAAGAGCGAGAGCGCACGUGCGCAUCGCCGAGCCUUCCUCGGUCCUCCUCGACCUUACCACACGCCUCCUCGUUACCGUGUCCAAGGCGCCCGUGGCCACUCCUGCUGCUGGUGCUACCGCAAAAUCGUCCGAACGAAGAGGCGGCGGCAGUGGGGGCUGCGGAAAGCCCCCCCACCCUUUCCGGGACGGGUUUCUCCAUCUCGAAUGCGAACCGGCACCGGUCCCGCCGCCGAUAGUCUCGCCGCAUUCUGCAACAACAGCCGCCGUUGGUGGGGGUGGUAGUAGUCGCGAGCAGCAACAGUCUUCGGCGGCUCCGCCACCGGCAAGACCGCGGCCGGAACGCGCUUUUUUUUGGGCGCCGGCGACGACGUCGGCGCGGACAGGGGGCGAGGAUCCGUCGGUUGCGGUCUCCGAUGGCAAGGGCGGCUUCUUGCCUGUCGUUGUGGGCAGCGACGGGCAGCCUUUGGAGGGGAUCCCGCUCCCGCUGUCUUCCCUCGACCCUUCUCGGAAGGAGGAGGAGGAGGAGGAAGCUCGAGAGGUGACGGUUCCCGUGUGGGUUCGGUCGGAGACGGCGGGAAAGGUAGCGGUUCGGGCCCGCGUGGUCUACGGCUUGGGGGGCAAGUCGCCGGGGGCGGCGGGGGCAGCAGCAGCCGGCGGCGGUGGCGGCGGCGGCGAGGCGGAAGAAGCCGUCGCCGUGACGGAGUGGGCUCGCGCGGAGGUGCUGUGCGUUCGGCCGCUGGCGAUGGCUGUCGACGUGGUCUCGGUGCCGGCGGACGAGGGCCGAGGGAGUCGUGGCGGCGGUGGAAACGGGGCCGCUGCUGCUGCUGCUGCACCGUGGGCGUGCGAGCGGUCCGGUCACACGGUUGCAGUCAAGGUGUCCUUGACAAAUCUCCAGGAGAAGCGGCUCGUCGUCUCCCGCAUGGAGGUCGUGCCCCCUUCGGCCUCUUCUUCUUCCUCAUCCACCACCGCAGCCGCGGUAAACCCCGCUUCCGCGGCCACCAGUGCCACCGCCGCCGCCGCGGCUCCCGCCGCUUCUAGCGAUAGCGGCGCCGAGGGCACAGUGACGUGGGCGACGCUCCCGAACGGACCGGUCCUGCACGACGACGAUUCCGCGACGGCGGCGAGCGGGGGCAGCGAUGGUGGUGUGGUGGCUCUUCCGGGUACCGGCGACACCUACACCUGCUGCUUCGCGGCCAAGGGGGAGGCGGAGCGCCCGGCCCCUCUCGGAAAGCUCAGGGUCACGUGGAGACCGGACGAGACGGGGGAAGGGGAUGGCCCGACAACGUCCCCGACCACCGGGGGAGGGGAGGCGGCGGUAGGAGGGGUAACGGAGUUCCCCCUUCCUGUGCUGACCGCUCGGCCGCCGGCGCUGUCGGCGAGGUUGAAGGCUCCGCCCCACGCGCGAGUUGGGGUAGAGUUUUCGAUGAGCUGGGAGAUUUCGAAUCUCACGGCGGUUUACUCUUCCAUGCAACUCACCACGGAAGACGGCGGCGAUUUUAUCUGGAGCGGAAAGCGCUUGUGCAUGCUGCAGGUGGCACCGAUGGAAACGGUGUCCGUGGUGUACCGCUUGGUGCCCAUCGUGCCGGGGCACGUGCUGCUGCCCAAAGUUGCCGUCGUGCCCGAGCGGGAACAGAUCAACAUUAUCCCGGACCUAGCAGAGGGACGGCCCCACAUUUUUGUUCGGCCGUAGAGGCCGUCUUGUGAAAGAGACCGUUGGCCGGAGGUGGUACUCCCGUCUGCGUUGUGGGGGGAGGGCAUGGUGGUGGCAAAGGAACCGUUGUAUAUUGGAUGUGUGUUUGCGCAUUUGUUGAAAGGGUUUCUUUACAAUGUCGGAAAGGCGUCCCCCCUGCCAGUUGACGUUGCUAUUGAGCAAGCAGCGUAUC